AUGAUCGUGCUGUUUCUGAACAUGUUUGUGACCAACAUCUUAAACUACACAAACGUGGAAGGAAAUGGCUCCGGCUGCUGCAGAGUUGUCCAGAGCCAUCUGAGGGUGGUGCGGUGUGGGCAUGAGCAGGUUGGCGAUAAGGUAAUGGUCCUGGCUAGGUCAGGGCUCUGGCAAGAAGUCGUGAAUGUGCCAGCUAGUCAGACUUUCCUGGUGCCUGAGGGGAUGAGCUUCGAGGAAGCAGCUGCUCUUCUUGUCAACUACAUCACUGCCUACAUGAUCCUGUUUGACUUUGGAAACCUGAGACCCAACCAGAGUGUCCUCAUCCACAUGGCUGCAGGUGGUGUGGGAACUGCUGCCAUCCAGCUGUGCAAGACUGUAGAAAAUGUCACCAUUUUUGGCACAGCAUCUGCCUCCAAGCAUGAUUCACUCAAGGAGAGUGGAGUCGCUCACCCCAUUGACUACAGAACGAUGGAUUACGCAGAGGAGGUCCGGAAAAUAUCUCCCAAAGGUGUUGACAUUGUCUUGGACCCCCUGGGAGGAUCCGAUACAUCCAAAGCAUUUAACCUGUUGAAGCCAAUGGGCAAACUCAUCACUUACGGGGUAGCAAACCUGCUCACUGGGCAGAAGAAGAACCUUAUGGCUAUGGCUAAAACCUGGUGGAACCAGUUCAGCAUCAAUGCCUUGCAGCUACUACACCAUAACAAGGCUGUGUGUGGCUACCACCUUGGAUAUAUGGAUGAAGAGUUUGAACUUGUUGGAGGUGUUGUAGCCAAGCUGGUUAACCUAUACAGUCAAGGCAAAAUCAAGCCCAAAAUAGACUCUGUAUGGCCCUUUGAUCAGGUGGCAGAUGCCAUGAGGCAGAUGCAAGAGAAGAAGAAUGUUGGAAAGGUCAUCCUAGUUCCUGAAGCACCCAAGGAAGAAUCCAAAAAAGAAGAGAACUGAGCAGAUGUGUGCAGAUUGUGAAUUCAUGGUUUAACUCUCUGAUCUUUGGGACCUGGAAAUGGACAGAUCAGUAGCUUUCAUCUUCACCAGUACAAGAACAUCGUGGUUAAAGCUCAGAUGAGGUUUGCAUGCUCUUGUUGUGACUGACCCUUUG